UCAGGCUUCGAAGGGCGUCGACGUUGUCCCCCUUCCUUUCCUCCCCACCUUCUGCAUUCACGUAGACCAAACCAUAGAAACCAAAGAACCAACCAUUCGCAAAAGGCAAAUCGAUCUCCUCCGCUUUCCUCGUCUCUCUCUCUCUCUCUCCCUCUAAGAAAUCAAGCACAACGUCCAUGGUUUCAGUGAAAUCAUGGUGAUCUUUUCAGUGUUAACGUUGUGCUCGUAGGUGAUCCCGUCGUCGUUAGAUGGGCAACACCUGCCGUGGCGGAUCGUUAGUAGGAAGCAGGUACUUUCCCAGCUACAGCGGGCCUACCGACCGGUCCUCCUCUUGCUCGUCCUCCGACGGCACCCCUCGCUACCACCUGUCCUUCUCCCACCUCGACCCGGACGAGCCCCCGCAGCCGGCAGCAAAGCCCGAUCGUGACGGCGCCAUGCGGCGCAGCGGCGACGGCAGCGCCACCUGGGUCCUCGGCCAUAGGACCGCCAACCUCCGCGACCUCUACACCCUCGGCCGCAAGUUGGGGCAGGGCCAGUUUGGCACUACGUACCUGUGCACCGAGGUGGCCACGGGGAGGGAGUACGCCUGCAAGUCCAUCUCCAAGCGAAAGCUGAUCGCCAAGGAGGACGUGGAGGACGUGAGGCGGGAGAUCCAGAUCAUGCACCACCUGUCGGGGCACAAGAACGUGGUCACCAUCAAGGGCGCGUACGAGGACCCACUGUACGUGCACAUCGUGAUGGAGCUGUGCGAGGGCGGGGAGCUCUUCGACCGCAUCAUACAGCGGGGGCACUACAGCGAGCUCAAGGCCGCCGAGCUGACCAGGAUCAUCGUCGGGGUCGUCGAGGCGUGCCACUCGCUGGGGGUUAUGCACAGGGACCUCAAGCCAGAGAACUUCUUGCUGGCUAAUAGGGACGACGACUCCUCGCUCAAGGCCAUAGACUUUGGGCUCUCCGUCUUCUUCAAGCCCGGCCAGAUCUUUACAGACGUUGUUGGCAGUCCAUAUUAUGUAGCUCCUGAGGUACUAUGCAAGCACUACGGACCAGAAGCUGAUGUCUGGACAGCUGGGGUGAUACUAUACAUAUUGUUGAGUGGGGUGCCACCCUUUUGGGCAGAAACACAACAAGGAAUAUUUGAUGCAGUUUUGAAGGGAGUCAUUGACUUUGACUCAGAACCAUGGCCAAUGAUCUCUGAUAGUGCAAAGGACCUCAUAAGAAAAAUGCUCUGCUCUCGACCUUCAGAUCGCCUAACAGCUCACGAAGUACUUUGUCACCCGUGGAUAUGUGAAAAUGGUGUUGCUCCAGACCAAGCACUGGAUCCAGCUGUACUCUCUCGGCUUAAACAAUUCUCAGCAAUGAAUAAGUUGAAGAAGAUGGCUUUAAGAGUAAUAGCUGAGAGCCUUUCAGAGGAGGAGAUUGCUGGACUUAAAGAAAUGUUCCAAGCAAUGGAUACCGACAGCAGUGGUGCAAUCACGUUUGAUGAGCUAAAAGAGGGUCUCAGACGAUACGGUUCAAAUUUGAAGGAAUCUGAAAUCCGUUCCCUCAUGGAUGCUGCUGAUGUGGACAACAGUGGCACCAUUGAUUACGGGGAAUUUGUAGCCGCAACAAUACAUCUAAACAAACUAGAGCGUGAAGAGCAUUUAGUGGCAGCAUUUUCUUACUUUGACAAGGAUGGAAGUGGUUAUAUUACAGUCGACGAACUUCAGCAAGCUUGUAAGGACCACAAUAUGACUGAUGUUCAGAUUGAUGAUAUUAUUAGAGAAGUUGAUCAGGAUAAUGAUGGUCGUAUCGACUAUGGUGAGUUUGUUGCUAUGAUGCAAAAGGGAAACAUGGGGCACGGAAGAAUAACCAUGCAGAGAAUGCGGAAUAGUUUGAAUAUUAGCAUGAAAGAUGCACCAGGAGCUCACUGAUUUCAAACCGCAUGCAUUACAGGUUCUGUAAAUUUGAACUUCUUUUUUUGUACUACGAAAUGAACGUGAAAAAAAGACAACAAAGAAGAUUGUGGUAUUCAUUUACUGCUGUAAAUCGAGUGAAAAUGAGAGAUGAGCAACACUAAACUUGAACGUUCAGAGGUAAUCAUCAAAUUCCUAAGCUGUACCAUAUUCAGGAUUUUGUAUAAAUCAAAUUAUUUUCA